AAAAACAGAACAUCAAACAAGCCCCCUGGAUGAAACAGCCCUCAUCAGAACACUUGCGAAGCUCAGAUUUUCUCUCUCUGCCGCAUGCAAAUUGCGGGAUCCCCAAAUCGCGAUAAGGGCGCGCAGAAUCUUCAUCUUUUGUGAAUUAACAGACAGUGAAGAAUCUGCAGAGGGCCUCCUGGUUGACCAAAGAACUAAGCAUUUUGAUAUAGUAUGCCCAAAAGUUGAGAUUUUGGGCCUCAAUAUGAUAUCAGAAGAUAUGCACCAGAGACAUAUAAGGGAUGCUUCUGCAAGUUCUUCUGGAAGCAAACUGAGAUUUUCCCUGAUUGACAUGGGAUUCACACCAUCUGUUGUGGACAAAGUUAUUGAAGAGAAGGGCGAAGAUGAUGCUGACUUAAUCAUGGAGACUAUAUUCUCAUAUUCUAAAUCUCCAGUUGCAAGAUCAGAUUCUCUUGAUGAUUUGUUGAUUGAUAAUAAGGAUGAAAUAGCUGUAGUUGGUCAUUUGAAAGAGAUUCAACAGGUUCUUCAUAAAUCCAACUCAUCAGAUUCUCUUGAUAGCUUAUUUGGUGAUCAUGCGGUAUUAAGCACUUCCUUCGAAGUUGUAGAUGUCGUAUAUCCCAAAGAGGAGCCAGAUGUUUCUUCUGGAGAACAUGUUGACAAAAGGGCAGCCUUGUUGAUGAUGAAUUUCCCCUUGGAUGAAGUUAACUUUGCACUAGCUAAGCUUGGUGAGAGUGCUCCAGUCAGUGACCUUAUGGACUUCAUCUUUGCUGCUCAGAUAGAUAGAAAGCAUAAGCAGGCUGCAGAUGCUCAAACUCAAAAUGCAGAAGGAAAGAGCAAGGAUGAUAAUGCUGAGUCACUGUUUGGGACUAUGGAAAAGACUUUACGCCUUCUUGAAAUGGGAUUCUCUGAGAAUCAGAUAUCUGCUGCCAUUGAUAAGUAUGGUGUCCAAGUGCCUGUUUCUGAGCUUGCUGGAUAUAUUUUUGAAGAUCAUCAUAUUGGUGAAAAAUCUGAGAAGGGAAAGAGUGGAAAUAUCUCCGGUUCUUCAAGCUACCAAUUUCCUCCACCAUUUGAAAUAAAAACAGAGGACUUCACUACCGAAACUGUUCCUCAUUUUAGGGACACUAACACGGAGAGAUACAUGGGAAAAAGGCCUAAAGAAGAAUACAAUGACGAUCUCGAAGCCCUAAAAAGGCCAAAACAAGAAUAUGACGAUACAUUCCAUACCGUUGCUAACCCGAUAUAUGGAGAUAAGAAAAAACACGAUUCCAUAUCAUCAAAGUCUCAAUCACUUUCAAUAAGGAAAGAGCCCCGCAAGAAAAUAGCUAAAGAUGCAGCUCUACUCUCCAAGCCAAAAUCAUGCAGGAGUCUCGAUCAAGCUGCUGCAAAACCUCCUUAUUUCUUCUUCGGAAGCGUCUUGGAUUUAUCGCAAAACUCCUGGACAAAAAUAUCACAGUUCCUUUUUGCAAUCGAACCAGAGCUUACAAACACUCAGUACUUCUCGGCAAUGAUUAGACAGGAAGGGUAUGUCCAUAAUCUUCCAACCGAACCAAGAUCUCAUAUUCUUCCAAAGCCUUCAAUGACUAUCAAGGAAGCAUUACCACACACGAGAAAAUGGUGGCCUUCUUGGGAUACUAGGAAGCAGUUAAGCUCCAUAAAUCCCGAAAUUGAUGGGAUUUCGCAAGUAUGUGAGAAGCUAGGACAAAUAGUAUCUAACUCUAACGGUAUUCCUUCGGUUGAUCAACAGAUGAACAUUAUCCAUCAGUGUACGUCCCGGAAUCUUCUGUGGGUGGGUCAUAAUAAACUGGGAUCGUUAGAUCCCGAACAUCUCGAGGCUAUAAUGGGUUAUCCGAUAAAUCAUACACAGGCAAACGAGUUUAGCCGAAUUGAAAGACUUCAAACUCUUAAACAGAGCUUUCAGAUAGAUACACUUGGUUAUCAUCUUUCCUCACUCAAGACUUUGUUACCUAAUGAUUUGGUGGUUCUGUCGAUUUAUAGUGGAAUAGGUGCAACGGAGAUUGCUUUGAAUCGGCUUGGAUUUCAACUUAAGGGUGUUGUAUCGGUUGAGCCGAGUGAGGUGAAAAGGAAGAUUUUGAACAAAUGGUGGGAGAAUAGUGGGCAGAGUGGAGAGCUAGUGCAGCUUGAUGAUAUUCAGAAGUUGUCUACUAAUAAACUGGAGAGUUUGGUUAAGAAAUUUGGGAGGUUUGAUUUUGUGAUUUGUCAGAACUUGUCGAAUGGGAACCCACACAAGAAUGGGGCUAGUGAUAGCUUUGGGGGUCUAGAUUUCUCGUUGUUUUGCGAGUUUGUUCGUGUGCUGCAACGGGUAAGGGCUAUGAUUGGCAGAACCAAGUGAGUAUCUUAGUUACUUGUUUCUUAGAUAAGUCUUUGGUAUUAAAAGAAACUUGACUCUUAAGUGUAUGAGCUGAGCAGAGCAGAUAGAUAGAUAUCUUUAGAACUCAACCUGCCUACAUUUCAAUAUCUCUCUGUCUUUGAAUGUGUCUCUCUUUCUGCCUAAUUGCAAAAUGCAAUAGGGAUGAUUGACUCUUAAACCGAUCUUGUGGAUUAUGUGAUAUUAGUAAUAAUGGCUUCAUUUUGAAA